AAAUUACGUUCAGUGUAAUACGCACUGUUGCUAUGCCAAUGUCAUGAAGCAAUGCCUAUAUUGAUCAAAUAACAGAGCGAUACCGCGAAGUGUGACUACGAAAGAGAAAUGUUGUCUCGCAGAGAUAAACUGUUGAUCCAGCCGUGGGAAGAUCGCCGCUACAAGGACCACCGAUUAAAGGUGAAGUGCGCGUUGCCGGUGAUAGACAGCAGUGCGCCGCGCGCGCGGCCGCACGUAGCGCGCAAGCUGCGCCGCGAGCGCUGCGAGGCGGAGCGUGCGGCGCGCGUCGUGCGCGACAACUUCACGUUACUGCAGCGACUGGCCGCCGUCGUCGCCACCACGCGCCUCGACAACCGCUGGCUUAACCCACCACCCAAUUUGCAGAACAAGGUGGGUCGGUACCAGGCGGUGCGGCGUGCGGCGCGCGACUCGCACACCUCUGAAAGCUCGCAGCUGUCCUACAGCAACGCGCGCUGCUACGCGUGCGAACACAGAGCUAAAGCAGCGAGCGAUUCUGCCAACAAACGGCAAGUUCCCGUUGCAGACGACUACGAUAUUCUGCCCUUUUUGUGCCCCAAAGUUUAAUGUUCAGAUUUGCGUCACACAUUUCAUAUUUGUAUACUUA